AUGCCCAACCCGUCGAGCAUGCUCCUGUCGACGGUCCCAGCCACACUCACCCGUGGCGACAGAUCCCGGCCACAGCUCACCCAAACGUCGGCAUUCCCUGCUACAGCGUUCAAGCAGCGACGGUAG